CGGGUAGCGGGGCUGCAGCGCCUUAUGAUGAGACCCAGGUGACACAUGAACAGCUGGAGCCGCGAGGGGACGGGGCAGGAUGAACCGGGCCAAGCCCACCACCGUACGGAGGCCCAGCGCCGCGGCCAAGCCUUCAGGGCACCCUCCACCGGGAGACUUCAUUGCUCUGGGCUCAAAGGGUCAAACCAACGAGUCAAAAACAGCAUCCACCUUGCUGAAGCCAGCCCCUUCUGGCCUGCCUUCGGAGCGAAAGCGGGAUGCUGCAGCUGCUUUGUCUGGUGCUUCUGCCCUGACUGGCCUUACUAAACGCCCCAAACUCUCUUCCACACCCCCUCUGAGUGCCCUAGGGCGCCUGGCUGAGGCUGCAGUGGCAGAAAAACGAGCCAUUUCUCCCUCUAUUAAGGAACCAUCUGUGGUGCCAAUUGAAGUCCUGCCCACAGUGUUGCUGGAUGAGAUUGAAGCUGCUGAGCUAGAGGGGAACGAUGACAGGAUCGAGGGGGUGCUGUGUGGGGCUGUGAAGCAGCUGAAGGUCACUCGGGCCAAGCCAGACAGCACCCUGUACCUGAGCCUGAUGUACCUGGCCAAGAUCAAGCCCAACAUCUUUGCCACAGAAGGUGUCAUUGAGGCUCUGUGCAGCCUCUUACGGCGGGAUGCCUCCAUCAACUUCAAGGCCAAGGGGAACAGCCUGGUGUCUGUACUGGCUUGUAACCUCCUCAUGGCUGCCUAUGAGGAGGAUGAAAACUGGCCUGAGAUCUUUGUCAAGGUGUACAUUGAAGACUCGCUGGGGGAGCGGGUCUGGGUGGACAGCCCACACUGCAGGACCUUUGUGGACAACAUCCAGACGGCGUUUAACACCAAGAUGCCCCCCAAGAGCAUGCUGCUGCAGGGGGAUGUGGGACGUGGCGGUGGGGACCUCGGUGCUGGGAGCAGCCCUCACCCCUCACUCACGGAGGAGGAGGACAGCCAGUCAGAGUUGCUCAUUGCCGAGGAAAAGCUGAGCCCUGAGCAGGAAGGCCAGCUAAUGCCGAGGCCUAGGUACGAUGACCUCGCAGAGAGCGUGGAAGAGUAUGUUCUUGACAUGCUUCGGGACCAGCUCAACCGGCGUCAGCCCAUUGACAACGUCUCCAGGAACCUCCUGCGGCUUCUCACCUCCACCUGUGGCUAUAAGGAGGUGCGGCUAAUGACGGUGCAGAAGCUGGAGAUGUGGCUACAGAACCCCAAGCUGACCAGGCCAGCCCAGGACCUGCUGAUGUCUGUUUGCAUGAACUGCAAUACACACGGCUCUGAGGACAUGGAUGUCAUCUCCCAUCUGAUCAAGAUUCGCCUCAAGCCCAAAGUUCUCCUCAACCACUACAUGCUCUGUGUCAGGGAACUGCUAAAUGCUCACAAGGACAACCUGGGCACCACCAUCAAGUUUGUGAUUUUCAAUGAACUUUCUAACGCCCGGAACCCAAACAACAUGCAGAUCCUCUACACUGUAUUGCAGCAUAGCUCAGAGCUGGCGCCUAAGUUCCUGGCUAUGGUGUUUCAAGACCUGCUGACCAACAAGGAUGAUUACCUGCGGGCCUCUCGGGCCCUGCUCCGGGAGAUCAUCAAACAGACCAAGCAUGAGAUCAACUUCCAGGCCUUCUGCCUGGGGCUGAUGCAGGAGCGUAAGGAGCCCCAGUACUUGGACAUGGAAUUCAAGGAGCGGUUUGUGGUUCACAUAACUGACGUGUUGGCCGUGUCCAUGAUGCUGGGGAUCACGGCUCAGGUGAAGGAGGCUGGCGUUGCCUGGGACAAGGGAGAGAAGCGAAACCUUGAGGUGCUGCGCUCGUUCCAGAACCAGAUUGCUGCAAUCCAGCGGGAUGCUGUCUGGUGGCUUCACACCGUCGUGCCUUCUAUCAGCAAGCUCUCUCCCAAGGACUAUGUACACUGCCUCCACAAGGUGCUGUUCACAGAGCAACCGGAGACCUACUACAAGUGGGACAACUGGCCACCUGAGAGUGACCGCAACUUCUUCCUGCGCCUCUGCUCAGAGGUGCCCAUCCUGGAGGACACACUGAUGCGCAUCCUCGUCAUUGGGCUAUCCCGGGAGCUGCCACUUGGCCCUGCAGAUGCCAUGGAACUUGCUGACCACCUGGUGAAGCGAGCUGCAGCCGUGCAGGCAGAUGACGUGGAAGUACUGAAGGUCGAGAGGAUCCAGCUGAUUGACGCCGUACUAAACCUGUGUACCUACCACCACCCGGAGAAUAUCCAGCUCCCGCCUGGGUACCAGCCCCCAAACCUCGCCAUCUCUACCCUCUACUGGAAGGCCUGGCCCCUCCUGCUGGUUGUUGCCGCCUUCAACCCUGAGAAUAUCGGCCUGGCCGCCUGGGAGGAAUACCCAACCCUGAAGAUGCUCAUGGAGAUGGUGAUGACCAACAAUUACUCCUACCCACCAUGUACUCUCACGGAUGAGGAGACUCGGACAGAGAUGAUCAAUCGGGAGCUCCAAAUCUCCCAGCGGGAGAAGCAGGAGAUUCUGGCCUUUGAGGGACAUCUGGCGGCAGCAUCCACCAAGCAGACCAUUACUGAGAGCAGCAGCCUCCUCCUGUCUCAGCUCACCAGCCUGGAUCCCCAAGGGCCCCCCCGGAGGCCUCCCCCUCACAUCCUGGAUCAAGUGAAAGGCCUCAACCAGUCCCUCCGCCUAGGGCAUCUCCUGUGUCGGAGCCGCAACCCUGACUUUCUCCUCAACAUCAUCCAGAGGCAGGCCUCCUCGCAGUCCAUGCCCUGGCUGGCUGACCUGGUGCAGUCCAGCGAGGGCUCCCUGGAUGUGCUACCUGUGCAGUGCCUGUGUGAGUUUCUGCUGCAUGAUGCCGCGGAUGAUGCUGCUGCCUCUGGGGAGGAGGAGGACGAGGGUGAGAGCAGAGAGCAAAAGGCCAAGAAGCGGCAGAGACAGCAGAAGCAGCGACAGCUCCUGGGCCGCCUGCAGGACCUGCUGCUGGGCCCGAAGGCCGAUGAGCAGACAACAUGUGAGGUGCUCGACUACUUCCUGCGGCGCCUUGGCUCGUCCCAGGUGGCCUCCCGCGUGCUGGCUAUGAAGGGCUUGUCACUGGUGCUCUCAGAGGGCAGCCUGCGGGAUGGGGAGGAGCGGGAACACCCCAUGGAGGAAGACUCGGGGGACACAGACCUGCUGCAAGGUUACCAGUGGCUGCUGCGGGACUUGCCCAGGCUGCCACUGUUUGACAGUGUCCGAAGCACCACUGCUCUGGCGCUGCAACAGGCCAUCCACAUGGAGACGGACCCACAGACCAUCAGUGCCUACUUGGUGUACCUAUCCCAGCACACACCGGUGGAGGAGCAGGGCCAGCACAGUGACCUAGCCUUGGAUGUGGCCCGGCUGGUCGUUGAGCGUUCCACCAUCAUGUCCCACCUCUUCUCAAAGCUCUCCUCCAGCACCACGUCAGAUGCUGUGCUGGGUGCCCUGCUGUCUAUCUUCUCCCAUUACGUGAGGCGCAUGCGCCAGAGCAAGGAGGGCGAGGAGGUCUACAGCUGGUCAGAGUCUCAGGACCAGGUCUUUCUGCGCUGGACCAGUGGGGAGACUGCUACCAUGCACAUCCUCGUGGUCCAUGCAAUGGUCAUCCUGCUGACGCUUGGCCCGCCCCGAGCUGGUGAUAAUGAGUUCCAGGAGCUGCUAGACAUCUGGUUUCCGGAGAAGAAGCCCCUGCCCACCGCCUUUCUGGUGGACACAUCUGAGGAGGCACUGCUACUGCCUGACUGGCUGAAGCUGCGCAUGAUUCGCUCAGAGGUCCCUCGCCUGGUGGACGCAGCCCUUCAGGACCUGGAGCCACAGCAGCUGCUGCUGUUCGUCCAGUCCUUUGGCAUCCCUGUGUCCAGUAUGAGUAAGCUUCUCCAGUACCUGGACCAGGCGGUGGCCCACGACCCUCAGACCCUGGAGCAGAACAUCAUGGACAAGAAUUACAUGGCUCACCUGGUGGAGGUUCAGCACGAGAGAGGUGCCUCUGGGGGCCAGACGUUCCACUCCCUGCUCACGGCCUCCCUACCCCCCCGGCGAGACAGUGCAGAGGCACUGAAACCGAAGAGUAGUCCAGAGCAGCCGCCAGGCCAGGGGAGGGCCCGUGCUGGGACACAGAUCCGGGUGCUUGGCCCCGAGGACGACCUGGCUGGCUUGUUCCUGCAGAUCUUCCCGCUCAGCCCUGACCCACGGUGGCAGAACUCUAGUCCCCGGCCUGCAGCACUAGCUCUGCAGCAGGCUCUGGGCCAAGAGCUGGCCCGCAUCCUCCAGGGGAACCCUGAGGUGCCAGGCAUUGCAGUGCGCUUCCUGCAGGCCAUGGCCACCCUGCUCAGCUCUCCCCAUGGAGGUGCCCUGGUGCUGUCCAUGCACCGCAGCCACUUCCUCGCCUGCCCGCUGAUGCGCCAGCUCUACCAAUACCAGCGCUGUGUGCCCCAGGACACUGGUUUCUCCUCGCUCUUCCUCAAAGUGCUCAUGCAGAUGCUGCAGUGGCUAGACAGCCCUGCUGUGGAGGACGGGCCCCUCAAGGCCCAGCUGAAGCUCUUUGCUACCCAGUACUCAGCGAGACGCAGGAUCAGUGACGUUCGAAGCGGGCUCUUGCACCUGGCUGAGGCCCUGACCUUCCAUCGGGACCUGGAGGUGGUUAGUUCUGCUGUCCAGGCUGUCAUCACCACCCUGAGAUCUGGGGAGAAGUGCAAUGUGGAGCCAGAGCUGCUCAGCAAAGUUCUCCAGGGGCUGAUAGAAGUGAGGUCUCCUAACCUAGAGGAGUUGCUGGCUGCACUCUGCUCUGCUACCACGGAUGCCACCUCUCCUUUUCCAACCUCGAAGCCCAUCAUGGUGGUGAGCUCCCUGCUGCUGCAGGAGGAGGAACCUCUGGCCCCAGGGAAGCAGGGUGCAGAUGGUGGCAGCCUGGAGGCCGUGCAGCUGGGGCCCUCGUCUGGGCUACUCGUAGAUUGGCUGGAGAUGCUAGACCCUGAGGUAGUCAGCAGCUGCCCUGACCUACAGCAGAGGCUACUCUUCUCCCGGAGGAAGGGCAAAGGUCCUGCUGGCACCCAAGUGCUGUCAUUUCGCCCCUACCUGCUGGCCCUCUUCACACACCAGUCUAGCUGGCCCACGCUGCACCGCUGCAUCCGCAUCCUUCUGGCCAAAAACCGGGAGCAGAGAUUUGACCCCUCUGCGUCCCUGGACUUUCUCUGGGCCUGCAUCCACGUUCCUCGCAUCUGGCAGGGCAGGGACCAGCGCACCCCGCAGAAGCGGCGGGAGGAGCUGGUGCUCCGUGUCCAGGCUCCAGAGCUUAUCAGCCUGGUGGAGCUGAUCUUGGCUGAGGCAGAGACCAGGAGCCAGGAUGGAGACGCUUCUGCCUGUAGCCUCAUCCAAUCCCGGCUACCUCUGCUGCUCAGCUGCUGCCGUGGGGACAACGAGGGUGUCAAGAGAGUCUCUGAGCACCUCAUGGCCUGCAUCCAACAGCGUGGUGACAGCGUGCUGGGCCGGCGCUGCUGGGACCUGUUCCUGCAACUCUACUUGCAGCAGCCGGAGCUCCGGGUACCUGUGCCAGAGGUCCUGCCACACAGCGAGGCAGCUGCUAACAGCAGUGUCUGCAAGCUGGACGGCCUCAUCCACCGCGUCAUCACCCUCCUUGCGGACACCAAUGAUUCCCGCUCUUCUGAGAACCGAGGGGCAGAUGCCAACAUGGCCUGCCGGAAGCUGGCUGUAGCUCACCCCAUCCUGCUGCUAAGACACUUGCCCAUGAUUGCUGCACUACUGCAUGGACGCACUCACCUCAACUUCCAGGAGUUCCGGCAGCAGAACCACCUGACCUUCUUCCUGCACGUGCUGGGGGUGUUGGAGCUGCUGCAGCCCCAGGUGUUCCGGGGCGAGCACCAGAGGGCGCUGUGGGACUGUCUGCGCUCCUUCAUUAGCCUGCUCCUGAACUAUAGGAAGUCUUCCCGCCACCUGGCUGCCUUCAUCAGCAAGUUCGUGCAGUUUAUCCACAAGUAUAUCACCUGCAAUGCGCCUGCAGCAGUGUCCUUCCUGCAGAAACAUGCUGAGCCCCUGCAUGACCUGUCCUUUGACAACAGUGACCUUGCGAUGCUGAAGUCUCUCCUUGCAGGGCUCAGCCUUCCUAACAGGUUUGGCAGAGCUGACCAAGGCCUAGAAGAGGAGAGUGAGGAUGAGAAUGCAGCUGGCUCCCUGCCCCUGGUCAGUGUCUCCCUCUUCACCCCUCUGACCACGGCCGAGAUGGCUCCUUACAUGAAGAGGCUUUCCCGGGGCCACACAGUUGAGGACCUUUUGGAGGUUCUGAGUGACAUAGAUGAAAUGUCCCGGCGGAGACCUGAGAUCCUGAACUUCUUCUCGACUAGCCUGCAGCGGCUGAUGAGCUCGGCUGAGGAGUCCUGUCGCAACCUGGCCUUCAGCCUGGCCCUGCGAUCCAUCCAGAACAGCCCCAGCAUUGCAGCUGACUUCCUGCCCACGUUUAUGUACUGCCUGGGCAGCCGGGACUUCGAGGUAGUGCAGACAGCCCUCAGGAACCUGCCUGAGUACACCCUCCUCUGCCAAGAGCACGCAGCUGUGUUGUUGCACCGGGCCUUCCUCGUGGGCAUGUACGGCCAGAUGGACCCCAGUGCCCAGAUCUCUGAGGCCCUGAGGAUCCUGCACAUGGAAGCUGUGAUGUGAGCCUGUGAUGCUAACCCACCAAGCAGCCUCAGGCCCCUCAACAUGGUGGCUGGGGCUCCUGAGGCCAAGCCCAGGAGGACCAGUCCAUCAGUGGUCUUGCCUGGGCCAAGGGGAGGGUACUGAGCCCUGAGGCUAUACAGAGCUCAGGAGUAGCACCUGUGGUGGCUCUAGGCCAGCUGCUGGCAGGGUGCCCCUGUUGGCAAGCCUGGCAACACCUCCUGGGUCCUGGCCCUGUUGCAAGCAGGGGGUGGAUAUGGCCCAGUGUGAGGAAAGGCUGGUAUCUGCCAGGUGUGGUAGACUGGGGGUCCAGUUUUAAUGAAACAUUCUGAAUACUG